AUGAACGAAACGGGUGUGCUCGCUCGUCAAGUCAAGUUCUUCGAUGCCCUGAGGCACAAUCAAGAGAUCCCGAUCGGCUGUGCGGCGCAGUUGAUGAUGCCGCUGACAGUGGGGACUACGGAUUAUUAUGUCCAACACUACGUAUUUCCAGUUCAGUUUAUCCUUGGAGUGGCUGGGAAUUGCAUCAAUUUGAUCGUUUUGUUGAGUGCUGGGAUGAAAAAUCAGGCAAGUUGCCGUGCUUUUCAAGGAAAACAGAGCAAAAUUUCUUGCAGAGCUUGUUUUGAAAGUCUGUUUUCCUCUUCGUGCAGAGGUUUAUGAACCUAAUAUUACCAUUUUCUAAAGAGAUUUUCUAGCCAAGACAUCAACAAAUAUCAGUGAUCCGUUUUUUGAUAAAACUUGUCGUUUCAGGCGAACACAUUGCUCUCGGCCAUGGCAUUUGCUGAUUUGGCCUUCCUCGUUUGUCUACUGCCCUUUUCCCUGGCAUCAUUUCCAUUAUUUUAUUCGAGCACGUGGUUUGCAUAUUUAUUUCUUCGUUACAAAACGCAUGCCGUCGCCUUUGCCAACAUGUUCUCAGUAGCGGCGUCGUGGUAAGCGCUUCUUUCAUUGGUAUUUUCUCUUUGAUCUUAACCAGGUCGUUUUAUACAGCUUUUUCUUAUAUUUUUAUAUAUUGGUUCUAAUUCAGGAUGGUAUUGGCCGUUUCAAUUGAGAGAUUUACGGGUGUUCGACGACCAAUGCACACACGGUUUCAGCUACGCGAUCGAUUACUGUUUACCUUGAUUUCGAUUGUUUUUCUUUUCGCAUUUGCCUUGACCUUCUCUCAUCAUAUUGAAUAUGACGUGUCGAUUAUCUCAACCAAAUGUAACACUAUCAAGGCUGUUUAUCGGCAUUCAACGCAGGUAAGUUGUGAAAAAACUGUUUGUUCCCACGAAUUUUUGUUGCUUUUUUUUACAUACGGUUUCGCUAACUUUUUUAUCCGUAUGUAAUAGCCCAAAAAAUGGUAUAAAAUUUCACUGGCAUUACAUUUCAGAGAUCCGGCACCUCCAAGUUUUACAUCGCCUACAUUGGAUAUGCCAAAAUCUUUCAGACUCUGUUGGGUGUCGCGCUCCCCGUUAUCGCUGUUGCCAUUCUCAACGUAUCUCUUAUAUAUUUCCUACGUAAACGGGAGAUAUUACCUCGUCUUGUCACCGAUAAACAGGUGGAAUCCAGAUUUGUGUAAGCCGAAAGCUUUUUUCAAUCGCUCUUCUUUUAGCAGGUACAGUGAUGCUGGGACGGUGCAGCGGCAAGAACGGAGGGUCACGGCGACAGUUCUGGCGAUUGUUACUUGCUUCACUGUUACACAUGUAAGCCGUGAUUCACAAAAAAUAUGGCUAAAUUUUAUACAAAAAUAUUUUUUUGUCGUCGAAAGUAGUAUAACAUAAGCGAUCUUUGUAUCUUACCUCCAAGUGCAAAAUAUGUAUGUUUCCAGCUUCCAACACUAGGUCCAUUUCUUUGGGAGCACCUGAACCAGAAUGGAGUUACCAUGGAUAACAAUGUUAUUACUUUGCUGAACACACUUCUUGUCUCUGGAAAGGUCCUGAAUUUUGUCCUUUUCUGUCUGAGCUCAACACAUUUCCGACAGCGGACAAUGGUCAUACUCAGCUCACAUUUGGUAAACUUUUUUAUUGUAUUUUACAAAUUUAUUCCUGCUUUUCUAAUUUUGGUUCUAUUCGUGUCUUAAUUAUGGGCAAGAAUCAAAGAAACGCUUUUCCUUACCUUCACUUUCCCCAUCCAUCAAAACAACCUUAAAAAUUGAAAUUUAGUGCCAAGAGUCGGGGCGGAAGAAGUACAGUAGUAUGACCACGAACACUUCCAUGCCGAAGAUCAGCAAUGCCGGUUCCCAGCACCACUCCAUCCAUCUUCACGACUCCAUGGACCAAUCGAUCUGCGGAUCACCGGCACGCACUGGUCGGCGGGUCCAACUCCAGAUCGGGGAUGUAAAUACAACUUCGUUUAAUGAGAACACAAGGAAAGCGGGUCUCUCCAACGAUUUCACGCGCAGCAAGAGAGCAUCCACCUCGUCCAAAUAG